GAAGCCUGCUUUCUCUCAUCAGCUAACAUGUUUAAUGUGCUGUGUGAAAGGCAACCUGAUCAAGCAGAAACCUCCUGAGCAAUGGAUCUAAAACAUCUUAUCUCACUCAAAAUACUUUUCUUUCUCCUGGCAGUGCUCAUCAUCAACACUUCUGCUCAGAUUUGUUCAGCCCCACCAGCAGUGGAAUUUAAGGAGAACAACACUAUUGGUGAAACAGUUACCACAAUAAGCAUUCAGGAAGGAGUCAGCCUUAAUAUUGCAGAAAAUCCCCACAAUGCCUUCGGAAUAAAUGGCUCUUUGCUCGUGGCAAACAUAGUACUGGACUAUGAGAUUCUGCCAGUUGGUGGAGGCCUGACCAUUGAAAUAAUCUGUAUGAAGAAUGGGUCAGAUCCGUUGAAUAUACGGGUAUUUGUGUUUGUGAUAAACAUCAACGACAACCCUCCAGUUUUUGCACAAAACUUGUACACUCUGAAAGUUGAUGAGCUUUCUAAAGUUGGUACACCAGUGGGCACAAUUGUUGCUACAGACCUUGAUAAAGACAGACUGUACUACCGUCUGGAAUCUCCAAUGGGAGAAUUUGGACUGCAGACAGAUUUUAAUCCAGAAAUUCUGGUGAAGAAGGUUCUGGAUUAUGAUACUGUUAAAGAAGUUACUCUGAACCUCAUUGCUCAGGACACAGCCUUAUCUUCAACAGAAACAAUAUCUCAUACCGCCAAAACCACCGUCAUCGUCAUUAUCGUAGACAUCAAUAAUCGACCACCAUGGUUUCAGCCUUGCACAGAGUUCGAUAAUGGAGCAACCAGAAUCUGCCUCAGCUCGGGAUACACAGGGAAUGUCAAAUUAAAUGAACAAACGGCAGGUGCGUUGACCUUGAAGCCUGGUCCAGUGUAUGCCACUGAUGGUGACAAAGGAAGGAAUGAACCAAUCAGAUACACAAUUAUUGAAGGAAAUAUAAAUGAGGCAUUCAUUAUUAAUCAACAAAGUGGAAAUAUUACAAUGCAGAAGCCAGUGAGCGUAGCAGGAAACAUCAAACUGACAGUCAUGGCAUACGAGUUGGAGAACCGUGACCAGUUUGUAACCACAACUGUUACACUACAAGUUGUAACAAGCAGCAAGCACCCACCACAGUUUGUCAAACCCAAAUAUGAGGGUUUCAUCUCAGAGGAUGUAGGUGUCGGCAGCCUAGUACUGGAAAGCAUGUCCACAAACAUUCCACUACAGCUUCAAGCCACAGAUGCAGACUUCUCUGAUGGAGUAAAUCCUGAUAUUAAAUUUGAGAUUCCUGCAGACAGCGACUUUAACAUCACUCCAGAAGGCUUUAUAAUCAUGAGAAGAGCAGCUUCUCCUGGCAAUGUGAAUUUGCAAAUAAGUGUAGUUGAUGUCACAAAUGGUGAAUCCAGCACAGCAUCUCUCUCAGUAGAAGUCACAGCAGGAGUCACUACGGACAUGCCUACCACAACCAAUAGCCCUACUUCCACAGCCAUGAAUACAACCAUGGCUACAAGUACUUCCAAAACCACUGACAUGGCUAUAGAUAUUACCACAGAUAUAGUUACACAGCUAACCUCCAGUCCUUACACAGAAGGGGUGCCAUUACCAUCAGGAGACUUCAGGACAGAGGACAUGAUAGCUCUGGGGGUGAGUCUGGCUGUAGCGCUACUGCUCUGCUUUGUGGUUAUUGGUUUUCUGGCCUACACUCUCAGACGCUUCAAGUCAGACUGGAAGAAGUUAUCUGAAGCCAGCAUUUUCCAGAGCUCGCUGAGCAGAGGUUCCGGUGGCCCUAAAGAUGGAGUGCAGUACACCAAUGAGGACUUUCAGGGUGAUGAAGACAUGGACAGUGUGACUUCGAAGGAGGCAGCAGAGUUGCCGUUGCCACGAGGCCCGGAGCUAAGCCGCAGCAUUCCGGAGACGCAGCACAGUGUUCCAAUCAAGAGCAGCGAUGACAUCUCCACUCUUCCUACAGACUCCAGCAGCCAAAAUGCCUUAGACAACACAGAUAAUGAGAAAGAGGUGAAACCCAUUCUCACCAAGGAGCGGCGCAUGGAAGAGGGCUACAAAGCCGUGUGGUUUAAGGAAGACGUCAACCCUAAUGACAAGGAGGAAGUGGUAAUUUCUGAGAGAGACCAGAACUUUAACCAUGACGAUGAUGAUUCUGAUUAUGAUUUCGAUGAGGAGAAUGUUGUUGUUGAUGAUGAUGAUGAUGAUGAUGAGGAGGAGAAGGAAAAUGAUUCUAAUUUUGCUAAAUUAUAGCAGGAUAUUAGUGUGAAUAUUUUCAUAUAUUUUGAAUUUAUUACUACAUUUUGUUAAUUUUUGAAGCAUGCCUUUCCAUUUAAAUUACAUAAAUCAUUCUGCAUCAUGCAAUAUGUACUUUUUGCAAAAAUAACUGUCUAACAAAAUAAUAUAAGAGUUUGAAAUAGAGACAGUGAUUUAAGACAUUCCUACAUGCCAUCAAACAGAAGAACGUGACUUACUGAAUCUUUACUGAAUGUAUAAUUGCUUAGCAGCAUUUCAUUGUGUUUAUAUGAUAAGAUACACUGAUGUUGAGUUGUUUGGUACAGAAAUUGAGUGCCCUUUAGCCACUAACCAUAAAACUGAUAUCCAAUAAUAAUAAAUGACUUAUCUAAUAGAAAAUGACCUUUAAUCAUUUUGCAUGAGAAGCUUUAUGGGUUUUUUUAUUCCUUAUUGAUUUUAAUCCACUCUGAUGAGGUUACUUAAAGCGGUAAGUCGACAUAUUUUCAUAUACAUGUAAUAUGUAAUAAUAACUGGCAUUAAAUCAGCUAUUGAUUAGGAGACAAAACCCUCUUUUUUCUCCUCAGACCCCAGCAGACCAGCACAGUUGUAGCUGAUAGAUUCACACUUUCUUUUUUAAGCUAAUUAGAAAACAACAGACCGCCUGAGAAUGCUCUGGGUGUUCUGUGUCAUAAUAAUGAAGGCAAAUGAUGAGGGGAAAAUGGAAUCAAUUACAUUUACAAACAGCAGUUAAUGAAACAGAAAUUGUUCAUUAGCCUGAACAGCACAAAUCUAACAUGUUAUUGUUUGAAUGUUUAUCUAUGAGCCUGCUAAAUUAUAUAUAAUCUAAUUUUACUUGUUUUGCUUUAAAAGAAAUCUGUCUGAAAGUAACCUAGCCAAUUCUGUAUCCAAGUUGCGGUGACAAAUCAUGUUUAUUUAUUCUGGUAAAUAAAGUGUUCAGAAAUGCUCAACACCAAAA